UACUAUACUGCCAAGUGCCGAGUUCUGGAGUCUCAUCUCACAAUUCAAUUCGAUCAUAUCAUAUUCCCUCAUCCCUUCCUCUCUCCUUCAUGGCCGCCUCUGAACCACCGCCUGAUGAACAACCGCCGCCACAGUUUCCACCACCACUCCCUUACAAGACAUGGGUUUUGAAGGUCUCAAUCCACUGUCAAGCUUGCAAAAGAAAAGUCAAGAAAGUCUUACAAAGCAUCGAAGGGGUUUAUAUAACGGAUAUUGAUGAAAAACAGCAUAAAGUGACAGUUACUGGGAACGUUGAAGCAGAUGCCUUGAUCAAGAAGCUGAUUAGGUCCGGGAAGAAUGCAGAGAUGUGGCACGAAAAGUCUUCUUUCAAGGAGAAGAAAUCCGGGAACCCUAAUCAGAGAUCCGAGGGAGCGAAAAGCAACGAAAAUAGCGACGAAGAUGACGAUAAUAAUGAAGAAGAAGAUGACGGCAAGGCAGGCGAGAAUAAUGUCGACGCUCAGAAACAGAAAACCGGCGGGCCGUCUGUUAGAUUCGAUGUACCGCCGCCGGGGAAUGCCGCCCCCGGCGGAGCUCCGCCUAAGAAGAAGAAAAAGAAGAAGAAGAAGAAGAGUAGCGGCGCUGCGGCUUCGGCGGCUUCUAACAAUGCGCCGCCGGGGAACGCGGGGCCCGAAACGUCGAGAAUGGGGCCCCCUCCUCUUCAUGGUGUUGAUCCGGGGAGUCUCGGCCAUCCAUAUGCGCCGGCGCCGGCGCAUCAAUAUCCGCCGAGUUAUGGCGCCCCUCAGCAGGGUUACGUAGUGAGUUACAAUGCGGCGCCGCACCCCGGCGGCGGCGGCGGCGGGGCUCCGACUUACUACUACGCGCCAUCCUCGCCCUACACGUAUGCUUACACCCGAGCAGAGGUCCACUCCAUGCGAUGCAGGCCGUUGGAUUCCUUUGAGAUUUUGAGCGAUGAGAACCCCAAUGCCUGCUAUAUUAUGUGAUAGAUCAUCUUAUCAGUUAAGUUAAGGUGGUAUCACCACACAUGCAUGCAAGUAGAUUUUAGAAUUUGUAUUUUUGAUCACUACCAUACCGCUGUAUAACUGGUUUCUUAUUAAUUAGAGACAAUAGUUGACUCAGUAUUAUUUAAUGGCUAAAUCGAUCAAUAAGUGAUUUUAAGAUAGUCGUUGUGAAGAAAGUUACUACCUUAGCUGAGGUUGGUAGAGCCUAGAGGCGAAAAGUGCAUAGCACAUGAAAACCAAUGCUAGUUUUAAUUGGAUGACGACUCAUCAUGAUGACUUACAUUUUGGUCUA